UCCAACAGUGUCCUUUAAGUUUGCUUCGUGGAUAGUCGAUUUUUGACGAUACGGUUACUUAUUAUUGCAAAUAAUUAUUUCUUCGUCUUCAACAGUAUGCAGUUAAACAUUCUGUUACUUUUCUUAUAUGGAUUGCAUAGUACUCAAAAUUCCAAGAUGACACCAGAAAUAACACAAACAUUGAUGGAACUUAAUGCAAAAUAUGCAACGGAACUUAACGUAUUCAUCAACUUUCAGGAAUUUUAUAUGGAUUUCCAAUUACUAAUAUCUCCUGCAAUUCAACUUCAGAUGACAGCUGAGAAGUUUCGAAGAUUUCGUUUGCAUGAUAACUUUUCCCAUAACGCUUUAAUUAUUAUUGAUAUAAGAGUGCCACCUCUUGAUCCAGAAGUGGCUUAUCAUUUGCCAUAUCUUUUGAGGGAACUACAUGAACUUCAUAUAGUAUUUAUUACAGACCAAGAUCCUCAAAGCUGGCAGCAGGAUCUCUUUAGAUAUUGUUUUCGAGAAGGCUUUAUCAACACUUUGCUAAUCCAUCAAAACAAUCGGAAUGUGUCUUUUUAUAGUUACAUUCCGUAUCCAGAAAUGCAUAUCCAAAAAUUAUUCAAGCUAGAAGAAUACUUCACCAGAUGGCAGCUUCAUUGCAAUUUUCACCAUUAUCCUGUUCGAACGAUUGCCAACACAAAUGAGCCACGCAAGAUUCAAUAUGUGAAUCGUAAAGGUCAACUCGUUCAUGCUGGAUAUAUUUAUAAUAUAUUUUUGGAAUUUACCAGGCGCCACAACGCAACUCUCAAGAUUUUGCCGGAAAUAGAAACGGAUGAACUUACAUGGAACUUAACAAGUACAUCUCCGCUUUAUUUGCUAAAAGAUUACAUUAUUCUACCUCAUUCCCGUCCCAUUGCCAGCUAUUUGUACUUCAGAAAGCCUUUCGCCUGGACUGUGUGGUUAGCCGUGGUUGCUACAGUGGUUUAUGGUAUGGUAAUGUUCUAUGCCAGCUGCGGAUCUGCAAAGUCAGAGAUGGGUAUAUUCUUGCUAAAUAGCUUGUGUCAUGUUUUAUUCAUUUCACAAUCGCGAAUCACUGUCUUCAAUUGGCAACAGAUGACGAUUCAUUUCAUAAUGAUUCUUGGUGGAUUUAUAUUAACUAAUUCGUAUCUGGCGAUGUUAUCGAGCAUUCUAGCAUCUGGAUUAUUUGAGCCACAACUAAAUACAUUGGAAGACUUAAACCAAUCUCCUUACCCUUUGCUCGUAGAUGAUUACUAUAUAGAUUAUCUAAAAGAAGCUGUGUCCCUGCCAGAAGAAGUAAAAAAUCGAAUGUGCGUCGACACACAAGUUGGCCUUAAUAAAGCUCGCAUUGGCUUGAAUGCUAGCUUUAUGUAUACUGCCUAUGAAGAUCGAAUGGAAGGAAUUUUGUACCAACAACACUUACUGAAAGUGCCUCGUUUUAAGAAAAUACCAGAGAGUCUUAUGACCGGACUUAUGGCAUUUCCAGUGGCACCAUCCUUACCUUACCUCAGCAUGUUGAAUGUCUAUAUGAGACGUAUCUUUGAGUGUGGCAUUUUCGCAAAGAUGAUGAGUGAUUCCUGGAUGGAUACGAUCGAAAGCGGAAUAUACAAGCUAAUGAGAAGCGAAGGAGUUGAACAAAAACCUUACGAUUUGGAAUUCUUUUACUAUGCAUUCGCUCUUUGGGCUAUUGGCUUAACAUUAGCUGGACUCGCAUUUAUUUUUGAAAUGUUCAUAAAAUGA